CACGGAGUGCGCAUUGAGCCGGAUGGUUAUGUGGCAGUUUCGGAUAUUGUGGGUUACGUUUCCUAUGGACUUUGGCUUGCUCUCGCUGAACAAUGCUUGAAUAGCUGUCCAACCCAAGAUAUGACCGAUUUACACUGGAAGGGCAUUCGAGAGCUGGCAGAGACGGAUACUAGAGAGCGCAUUCAAAUCAAGGAGGAAUAUAAUACCCACAGAACGAAGGUUUGGGUCAGAGUUAGUGGACACCAUUCCAUUCCGUGGGUGCAUCCCGGUGCCAAAAAGCUUGCUUCCGCUGCAAAGACCGCGUGGGACUCGAUGGCAUUGCCGUUUUCCCAGCUUUUUUAUCUCACUACGAGGGAAGAUUGGCGGACCAUCCGUACGGAAGGCAUCAAGGCGGGGCAUUCGUUUAUCCAUCUCAAGCAAGAUAUUCCUGACCACUACGGACUACGUUCAGGGACACUCUUUCUCGCCAGUUGUGGUUGUCAUCAACGCGCCUGUGGCCACAAGGUUCGGCGUGUCGUUCUACGCUCAUCCUACUGGCGAGAUCUUGACUACCGGCGACUCCAGUGGUUACAUCGAUCCACAGACAUUUCGCUGCUGCUUUUGCCAUUCAGUGGGAGCACGAAACUCUCAGUUGGUCACCAUGAGCCCUGGCUGCGCCCUCGUGAUCCUCGAAAACGAAAAGAAUCGCGACAUCUGAUUCCAGACUAAAAACAAGCAACGCUUUAGAAAACGUCCAACUCUUCAUUACCCUCCGAUUCAGGUGCCGACCCGCACUAAAGUCGACGUCGUACUUCCCAGCAACAAAGACAAAGCUCCUGCCGAAUCUCCUCCAACUCCUUCCGCCAACAUCGUGGCGCAGCCCCAGUAUCAGAUAGAUAUUCACAGAUCGCGGGCUGCUCCACCUCACAUGCAAGGCUCUGCAAUUACCAUGAAGGGCUAAUCCUCAUUGGUAGCACUGUCUCAUUCCGCUUCAUCCAGGGCUUGUCGCUCUACUGAAGGCCGCCGUCCAUUCGCCAUGU